AUGGAAGCAAAGGCUUGUUUAACAAAAGGCAAGCUCCAUUUGAAUGCCUCUCGAAAUACAAAAACAGAGAUAAAAAAUAGCAUUGUAGAAGCACUAGAUCGGUUAUAUCAGCUUGUUAAAGAAGCUGAAAUAGAGCUAAAGGCGAAAAAGUCAAAAGGAGAAAAGGAAAAGAGUGAAAAGGUGGAGCUGGAAACUGCAAUCAUUGACUCUACCUUCUCAGUCGUGGAUUCAGACCUAAAAACAGGGAUUGAAGAGCACGCAAUAUUGCUGUUAGAAACAAAUAAAAAAGAUGGAAGAGUUGAAAGAAUCGAUGGAAAAGCAAAGAGGAACCCUAGAGCGAGUGACAGUGCCAACAUACGCGAAUAUUACUGCGGACAAAAUCAUAAAAACUUUCCCAAAACGUAG